AUGGAAGUCCCCCUGCUGUGUGCUCUGGUCGUGUUUGCUGGUGUGAUUCCAACCCAGGGCGGGAUCCUGAACCUGAACAAGAUGGUCCACCAAGUGACCGGGAAGAUACCCUUCUUCUCCUAUUGGCCCUACGGCUGUUACUGUGGACUCGGUGGCAGAGGCCAACCCAAAGAUGCCACGGACUGGUGCUGCCAUGCCCACGACUGCUGCUAUGGCCACCUGAGGCACCACGGAUGCCGUAAGCACACGGAUCAUUACAACUACGUCUUUUCCCACGGGGACAUCCAGUGCUCUGACAAGGGGAGCUGGUGCGAGCAGCAGCUGUGCGCCUGUGACAAGGAGGUGGCCUUCUGCCUGCAGCGCAACCUGGACAGCUACCAGAAGCACCUGCGCUACUACUGGUGGCCCCACUGCAAGGGCAAGAAGCCCAUGUGCUAG